GGGACAUAAUUCUUGAGGUGUUUCAACACUCUAAAACGAGACCAUUGGAUAUAAUAAAAUGAUGUAUCGAGAAAUAUAUAAAACUCGGAGGUAAAUAAUAUUAGAUGGACCGACAAAGGGUUCAAAGGGUGCCAUUAAUGGAGGCGACAACACUUGGAUUCCCACUGAUUCUUUCAGCUUCCAUGUCUCAUCUCUCUACUCUCUCUCCAUACUUUACAGUUGAAGUUGCACCCAACAUGAGUUUUGAGCAAACCUACGCACCUUUACACCUUAAAUAUAAUGCCCCUCAAGCCCAAACUCUUCAAACACACUUCUCUCAUCUCUCUAAUCUCUCUUUCUCUCUCUAUCUCUAAGAAUAUAUAAAGGUAUGGACUACCAGCCAAACACAUCCCUACGUCUAAGCCUACCAAGUUACAAGAACCACCAACUAAACCUAGAACUUGUUCUCGAGCCUUCUUCCAUGUCUUCUUCUUCAUCUUCUUCCACGAACUCAUCAUCAUGUUUGGAGCAGCCUAGGGUAUUCUCAUGUAACUAUUGUCAAAGAAAGUUUUACAGCUCUCAAGCUCUUGGUGGUCAUCAAAACGCUCAUAAGCUUGAGAGAACCUUAGCCAAGAAGAGUCGAGAACUCUUUAGAUCCUCAAACACUGUUGAUUCUGAUCAGCCUUACCCGUUCUCCGGUCGCUUUGAGCUUUACGGCCGUGGCUACCAAGGAUUUCUCGAAAGUGGCGGCUCGAGGGACUUCUCCGCCCGCCGUGUGCCGGAGAGUGGUCUUGAUCAGGAUCAGGAGAAGAGUCACCUUGACUUAUCCUUAAGGCUCUAAAAGAAUCUUAUAUUUUGUUAGUCUAUAUAUUAUCAUAUCAAUUGUUAAUCUUAAAAUUGAUUGUUUUACUUAUUAGUCAUUUCCUAUUAUCUGAAAGUUUUCUUUGUAAGUUGUAACUAUGGUCCUAAAUUCAAAUCCAAAUUUGAUUUUGGAAGAUGGUACCUAAUGCAGUAGUUAAAUAAGUUAAAAAAAUGAAGGAUCUAUAAUUCUCUAUAUAGAUGGUUAUUUUAAGUAUAUAUAGUAUGAGCACAUCAUAUUACAACUGCAUUAUAAAAUGAAUGAAUGUCGCUUGUAUAUAAUACAUU